AUGAGCAUACGAGCACCACGGAAAGGCGAAAACUAUGAGCUCAGUGUGGAUCUCAACAGCGAGUACCGCGAUAAACGAAAAGAUGCGAUCAAGCGGGUCAUAGCAUCUAUGACCGUUGGCAAAGACGUCAGCGGCUUGUUCCCCGAUGUCCUCAAGAAUAUGCAGACAGAUGACCUGGAACAGAAGAAGCUCGUGUAUCUAUAUCUCAUGAACUAUGCAAAGACACAGCCAGAACUCGUCAUAUUGGCCGUGAACACCUUCGUCAAGGACUCCGAGGAUCCUAACCCUCUCGUACGCGCACUGGCGAUUCGAACCAUGGGGUGUUUGCGUGCAGAGAAGAUUAUAGACUAUCUGUGCGACCCUCUUCAACGCGCCUUGCGAGAUGACAAUCCGUAUGUUCGAAAGACUGCUGCGCUCUGCGUUGCAAAGUUGUAUGAUCUCAAGCCCGAACUUGUCAUCGAGAAUGGUUUCUUGGAUCAGCUUCGUGAUAUGAUUUCAGAUAGCAACCCUAUGGUCGUAGCAAAUACAGUUGCGGCGCUCACAGACAUCCACAUCUCAGCAACCUCCAACCAACCAUCUGAUUCUACUUCCGAUCCCGCUGUAUUCUCCAUCACCUCCGCUAUACUGAACAAACUACUCAUCGCCCUCAACGAGUGUUCAGAAUGGGGUCGAGUCGCAAUCUUGAAUGCUCUGGCACGGUAUGAGGCACAGGACGACAAAGAGAGUGAGCACAUCUGCGAGCGCGUCGUACCUCAAUUCCAGCAUGUAAAUGGUAGUGUUGUUCUUGCCGCAAUGAAGGUCAUCAUGAUCCACAUACGCAAUGUUCGACGAGACGAUCUUGUUAAGCAGUUGAUUCGCAAGAUGGCACCACCACUCGUCACCCUGUUAUCGUCCCCGCCCGAGGUACAGUGGGUCGCGCUGCGGAAUAUCAACCUUCUCCUUCAAAAACGAUCCGACCUCCUUUCGAACGAAAUGAGGGUAUUUUUCUGUAAAUACAAUGACCCGUUGUACGUCAAGAUCGAGAAGCUUGAUAUCAUGGUCCGAUUGGCCAGUGAUAACAACGUGGAUGCUUUGUUGAGCGAGCUGAAAGAAUACUCGUCAGAAGUUGAUGUCGAUUUUGUCCGGAAGAGCAUCAAAGCUAUCGGCCAGACAGCUAUUUCAAUUGAGAGCGCAGCGGAACGUUGUGUGAACGUACUGUUAGAGCUCAUUAACACUCGCGUCAGCUAUGUGGUCCAAGAAGCCGUAGUCGUCAUGAAGGAUAUCUUCAGGAAGUACCCUUCUACAUACGAAGGUGUAAUUCCUACACUCUGCGCUAAUUUGGAAGAGCUAGAUGAGCCAGAAGCGAAAACGUCCUUGAUUUGGAUUAUUGGCGAGUAUGCCGACAAGAUUGACAACGCAGAUGAACUGUUGGGGAUAUUUGUGGACUCUUUCAUUGAGGAGUCGUACCAGGUUCAGCUUCAAACGUUAACUGCAGUGGUCAAGCUGUUCUUGAAGAAGCCUGACUCGUCCCAGGGAGUCGUUCAGCGUGUGCUGAAUACAGCAACGAAGGAUUGCGAUUCACCGGAUGUGCGGGACCGCGCUUACAUAUAUUGGAGACUCUUAUCAACAGACCCUGGCGCAGCCAAGGCUGUUGUCCUUGCCCAUCGGCCACCAAUAUCUAUCCCGAGAACAACAGUUUCGCCCGCGUUGCUUGAAGAGCUCCUCGGCGAGAUAUCAUCAUUAGCAAGUGUUUAUCACAAACCUGCUCAAACCUUUGUUGGUCAUGGACGGGUCGGUGCCGAUUCAGUGCAACGCAAAGGAUCAGAAAUCUCAGAUGCUCAGAAAGCCCUCCAGACGGUUGUUGCCGGCCAACAAGCAGAGAACCUUCUCGACUUUGGUGAUGAUUCUGCUCAGGAUGGGCAGCCUUCUGGGCUCGCCGCCACCCAAAUACUUCCUUCGACACCCGCUGCAGCAAAUUUCCUGUCAGGCACUUCUGCGAAUCCACUAGACGAUCUCGUGUCGAUCUUCGGUGGUAUGGAAACUAUGGAGACAGGUGCAGGAUCACUGUCAACGGCGCUAUCGCCGACGACGACAACCAUGUCCUCACCUUUCGAGGGAUUCGGAGGGUCACCAGCGCCAUCCUCCCAGCCGGCUCAGAAUGCGCAGCCCCAGGAGGAUUUGUUAGGGUUGUUCUAG